AUGCGCCCCGUAGCGUCGUCGUCGGCGGCGGCGGCGGCGCGCGCAACCUCCUCGCUCCACUCCGUCCUCCUCGCAGCCAAUCUAUGCGGCGUCGCGCUGCUCCUCCUCCUCCACCUGCGAUCGGACGGCGGAGAUAACCGCGCGGCCCCAUCGAACGUUCACCAUGCGCUCGGCGCGCUAGAUUCUCCGCAAGUGAUGGCGGGAGAAGGGAACCGAGAGCUUUUGUCGGAAGCGGCGGAAGGAGCGGAGCAAGCUUGCGCGACAUCGGCGCCGCUAAACGCGGGGAGUAAAGAGCUGUUGCAGUGGUCCGAGCAGCAGUAUCAAGUCAACGUCGGCCGAAGAAACGCUGCGGUUGGCAAGGAUCCGGUUAAGUUCGUUAUGGACUGGUUCAAGAUGACUGAAGGACGGCCUUACAAAGCCCGAGCCGCAUUCAUGUUUGAGGUGUUUGCUCCGGCAUACCCCUGCCUCAUGGAGGAGCGUCUUGGCACGUGGCUGGAUGGGGGCAAGUGGGUGUGCCGUCCCUCUCUCCUCAACGCCUCCUCGGUCGUCUACAGCAUAGGCUCAGACGGCAAGGACUCGUUUGAGGAGGAGAUUUACGGCCGCUUUAAGUCGCAAAUACAUGUCUUUGACCACACGCUCACUCCGCGCAAGAAGGCCAAGGUGGAGCACAAGAAGGCAUAUAAGUUUCACCCCAUCGGCCUCGCUGUCUCCUCCAACGAGUCUGCUUCUCUCAGCAGCUUCAAGGACCUGACAUCGAUGCUAGGCCACUCCUUUGUGGACAUUUUCAAGGUGGAUUGCGAGAGCUGUGAAUACGAGGUCAUUCCAUCAAUCCUUGAUGGCUACACCACACCACCCUUUGGACAGCUUUUGAUUGAGAUUCAUGAUUUAGACCGAUCAAAUGCUGAUCGUCUAACGAGGUUUCUUCACAAGAUCGAAUCACACGGCUACCUGGCCUCUCUCAGCCGGAAGACUCAUCGUGCCUUUUCGUGGUGUACGCGUUUAUCGUCGGGGCCUAUAAGUUCCUCGCCCAUGGCGCUCUCGCACUCAAGUAUACUCAACCUCAUCCCCGCUACUAUAUCAUCCGACACCGUCGCUGGUGGUACUCCAUUAGCGGGAUCUAUUCCAUCCGGUCGUCUACUACCUUCCUCCACCAUCUCCUCUAGUCUUCGCCACGUGCUUACUCCCUCUCAAGCCAUAUCCUCUGCUUCGCACAAUGCCGCCUCCUCGCUCUUCCCCUCGCCUCUGCACUCCUUCCACCACGUGUCGCUUCCGCGCGCCACCACCGCGGGGGCUGCGCCGGCUGCUCUUUCCACGCAUCCGCGUGCCAUGCUCCCCCAAAUCUCCCCGUUUCCUCAAGCCUCACGGGCGGCCUCCGCGUCGCCCGAUCAAGUCGCACUUGCAGCGUCCGCGACGCCGACAAGCAUUUUGCGUUCCGAUAAAGACGCGCAGUCGUUUUCCAACGCACCGCAGCUUAACGAGCGCAGCGCGCAGGUUCUUUCGGACCUAAGAAAAGCAUCCGCCGCUGUUGCGGUGUCCACCGCGUUUGCGCUUUCCGCGGGUUGCUGCGCGCCAGGCGCGGCGCUUGCGCUGGACCAACUUCCCCCGCCCGUUCCGCCGUCAGAAUAUCAGGUCGCCGUUUCAACGACAAACAGCGCCGAGAAAUCCGGUCUACUUGCUGACGAUUUUAUUUCGCAACUAGAGUCCAUCCCCCCCGCUCCCGCUCUCGCCACGUCAGCACCCUCCACUCCUGCGGCUUUGACGCGCCAGGUGUCACUGACCUCCGCGGGAUCUUCGGGUCGAGUGGUCUCGCCCGAGGCGCAGGAGGAGGCUAAGGCAAUGUUAAUGCGACAGCUGGAAGAACAGGAUAGGCUGAGGAAUGCGGAGGAGCGAAUGUGCGAUGCGGUUCUGUCGCCCGUGAAGCAGGGCAUUCCAGGUCCCGACUCGUCCUCUUCGCCGAGUCGCUCGCGCUCCGUCACCUGGGCCGACUGCGCCGCGGACUUUCCAGCUGACGUCAUGCAGCGGAUCGAUCGUGGCGGAGCCCGCAGUGUCAUGGGGCCGGUCGGGGGGGGCGCGGCGGCGGCUUCCGCCGCCAUGGGCGGAGUGGCGACGGGCGGCCCUAUCGCCGCAACUGAGGUGUCCUUCGCGGGAGCUGCGGCGGCGAGCCUCACCUUGGAAAGCGCCGCCGCUGCUGCCAUCGCCAACUCGUCUGGAGGUCUUUCGGCGAAACUCGCUGCCAUUAUGGGCCAAUCGCUGCAGCAUUUCGGCGUGGGCGGCGUGGCGGGCGCGGUGGGAGCGGCGGCUGUGUACCCUCUAGACACUAUCAAGACGCGCAUGCAGGCGCAGCGCAAGAUUAAAGAGUCAGAAUCGGAUUCUGACGACUCGGGGCAAGGCGACGCGAACGGCGCCCAUUUCCACUCCGCGGCCGGAUCGCAAGCGCUUAGCGCGGCGGCGAGCGGCUCGUCAACGUUAACGUCACCGUCACCGUCAGCGACGCAAGUACAGUACCGCGAUGAGUGGGACUGCUUUAUCCGCAUGGUCCGCGAAGAGGGCCCCGCGGCUCUGUACAGCGGACUCGGCGCGCAGCUAGUCGGAAUCGCGCCGGAAAAGGCGAUUAAACUGACCGUUAACGAGGUGCUUCUGGCUCUGCUCGAGUCGGCCGUCCCCGGAGCGCGUCUGUGGGUUCUCGAGAUCAUCGCGGGCGGCGGCGGCGGGUUCUGCCAAGUGGUGUUCACGAACCCCGUGGAAAUCGUCAAAGUUCGCAUGCAGGCGCGGAAAAAGCUCGCGGCAGGGUCGUCGAGUGAUUCGGAAGCGGAGGGCGCUCUUGCUUCCGCCUCCGCCGCCGCCGGCGCCGGCGCCGUUGCCGGCGCUAGCGGAGCGGUAGUAGCGGAGCCGCAGCAGCAGCAGCAGGGGAAGACUUCGUGGCAGGUGGUGCAGGAGCUGGGUAUUCGCGGGCUGUACAGCGGCUCGAGCGUGACUCUAGCGCGCGACGUGCCGUCGACCGCGCUCUUCUUCGCGUGCUACGCGGCGCUGAAGCAGGUGAUGCCGGACCAGACGUUCGUCGACGGGUGCCUCGCCGCGGUCCCCGCCGCGUACCUCGUGACGCCGAUGGACGUAGUUAAAACGCGCAUGCAGAUGGAGCCCGAGGAGGGGAAGGAGGCGUAUCCUAACGCGUGGGUGUGCGUGAAGGAGAUUGUGGAGGAGGAAGGGCUCGGCGCGCUGUUCAAGGGUGGGAUUGCGCGCGUGCUGCGUAUGAGCCCGCAGUUCGGAAUUACCCUCAUGCUGUACGACAUGCUGUCGCAGUAA